CUUAUUCAAUAUCAAUUGAGAGGAGAAUAGAAUAUCCUUGUUUUCUCCUGUGUUGUAAACAAUACUAGACAUGUUUACAAACUGAGUUAAUGCUGGACGCUAACAGUAACAGUAACGUUAGCUAGCUAAACUGCAUAAAACCGUUAGCGUUAAAAACAAAAAAAAGAAGUUUAAGGAGAAAUGUAAAUAUUGACAUAGUUAGAGAAGUUUAAAAAGAAAAGUUGGACUUCAAAGAAAACUAACAGACCCUUGCUAGCACAAGCAAGCAACAAAACGGUGCCACGGCAAUUUAAACUGUCUGUUUUUUAAACUACCGGAAGUGGAAUCUGCCAACUGACCCAGCUAACUAACGUUAGCUUGCUAGCUAACUCACUGGCUAAAAGUUCAUAUUUACCUCGUGAGAGCCUGUGGGCUUGUAAAACAAUAUAUUUCCGUAAAUUGACAUUUGUUACAACCGAUUUUCACGAAAGUUCAGUACAGUAUCUUUUUACUUUUUUGGUUCAGCUAAGAUUACUUUGUUGCCAUAAUAUUUUGUUGUUCUAUCUUCUUUCCCGCUUCGAAAACUCCCGUCAUUCCAAAAAGGGGGCGUUGUUGCUGAAAGCUAUCUUUGCUUUCGAAUGCGAUGUUUCCACAUAUUUAUUCUGACUUUUUUAAAAAGUAAAAAUCGAUCAAGCAAGUAACUGAUAAUUGUAUCCUUAACGAAGAAUCAAUUGAGAAAAUGGAAUUUGUAAUAUUUCUAGGGAUUUCGUUUAGUUAACUAGCUUGUGCAGCUGUAACCACGUACUGGCUCUCCCUGUGCCAAGAAUGUGCUCUGCUGAAAGUCAAAACAAGAAUAUCAGGACAUCACAUUUAAAAUGGGUUUGCUUUGGAUUCUGUCGCUGACAAAGAGGACAAACUAAUGGAAACCAAGGGCAAGACUACUUGUCCACUGUGGAAGAGUAGCUAGCUAGAUAGAUAAGUUAGCUUCUAGUUCCUGAUAUAUAGCUAGCAAGAAGCUUCUCUAAGGUAAACAUAAUUAUUACAAAUUAUCACUGGCCUGAAGUCAACAAUCAUUUAUUAAUCAAAUAAAUCUUCAUAACAACAACUGAAUGAAAUGUUGUUUUGAAUGUCUUUCUUAGGCAAGAUGAGUGGUCAUUCUGGUCAAAGUCCUGUGGCCGUCGACAGCAAUGGCAUUACUCCAUUUGAACAGAUGUUGGCUUCCUGCUCAUGGGCUCUCCUGACGUCAUUGUUCGGUGAGCACUGGGACACGGGAACCCUCACCUACACACACGUACACUGACUAUAUAUAUAUAUAUAUAUAUAUAUAUAUAUAUGGUGUAACUCAGUUGGUGGCUCAGUUGGUAGAGCAUGGCAUUUGCAACGCCAGGGUUGUGGGUUCGAUUCCAGUAUAAAAAAUAAAAAUGUAUGCACUCACUAACUGUAAGUCGCUCUGGAUAAGAGCGUCUGCUAAAUGACUAAAAUGUAAAAUGUAACUAUUAUAGUUAAAUAUUUGUCCCCUGUAGCUCAGUUGGUAGAGCAUGGCGCUUGCAACGCGAGGGUUGUGGGUUCGUUUCCCACGGGGGGCCAGUAUGCACUCACUAACUGUAAGUCGCUCUGGAUAAGAGCGUCUGCUAAAUUACUAAAAUGUAAAUAUUUAAACUGGUUGUACAACUGUCUUUUUUCAGUCACACCUCUGGAUGUUGUCAAGAUCAGACUCCAGGCUCAGAAAAGUCCCUUUCCCAAAGGUAAUAAGACACAACAAUCAAUGUAACCUACCAUUCCUCUGGCCUCUCUAAACCACAGUGCUCAAUCCAUUCUGUUUGUCUUCCAUUGUUCUCCAGGGAAAUGCUUUGUGUACUGCAACGGCCUGAUGGACCAUACCUGUGUGUGUACGAACGGAAACUCCAAGGCCUGGUACAAGGCCGCUGGCCACUUCAACGGCACUCUGGUAAACACCUCUACCCAACUCCCAACCAACCCCCAUGUAGAUAUGCAAGGAUUGGGUUGGUGUGUAUCGUGUGCAAUAUUCCCACGGGGGGCCAGUACAAAAAAUUAAUAAAUAUAUAUAUAUAUAUAUAUAAAAGAAUAAUGUAUGCACUCACUAACUGUAAGUCGCUCUGGAUAAGAGCGUCUGCUAAAUGACUAAAAUGUAAAUAUAAAAUGUAAUGGUGAAAAUUCUGUAUAGCCUAUCAGAGGGAAACAUUGAGAUAUUACAAUAUUGCUCAUUCCUUACAGAUCUGCACAAGUGGCCAAGGGUUAGAAGCUAUGGGUGGGGUGGGACUAGGGCUGUUACGGUGACCAUAUUACCGCCACACCGGCGGUCACGGGUCAUGACGGCAGUCAAAUUCCACAUGACCGUUUAGUCAUGGUAAUUAUGCUUCUCCAAGCUCUGAUGCUGCUGAUGGUCAUUAGUAGCCUACCAAACUUGCUAACUGCCUGGUACUCAGCAAUCUAGUGUCCCUCUAAUCACUCUGACAUCAAUGCAAAUGAAAACGAAAAUCUAAUCAAACACUUAAUGAGAGCACAUGAGCUCAUGUUGUGCAACAUUUCUAUAGGCUAUGCAAUUUCGUGAGAAAACAGAGUGAUGGCCUCUUUUAAAAAGAUGAAGAUCCCAUCAGCUUUCUAUGGGCUAGGCCUACUAUAUUUAUUUCUCAACUUUCCUAAUAUUAAGCACAUUGCCUCUCUUUACAACAGGAGUAUAGCCUAUCUGGCUGGCAGGAAAAUAAACCACAGGAAUAGCGUCCUCCAUUUGCUAUUUAAGUGCAUAGAUGACAAGUAUUUGUGCAUGAUAAUGGUGCAUUCUAAAUCAGAACAAAUUUCACACAUAUAUCAUUUAGUACAUGUAAAGACGAGAUUAAAUCAAGAAUAGUCUGAUGGUUGACAAUAUUAGCCUAUCACUUGUGAAUGAUAUAAUAUCACUUGUGAAUGAUGCCCAGCUUAAGGCAACAAACAGUGCAUGCCUUUUUUUGCGACUUUUUAAAAUCAUAGUCGCACACCUCAUGUAGCCUAGCCCAUAGGCCUAUAUGUUUUGAUAAGGUUUGUUUCACAACUAAAGUGGCCAAAUAACUUCUUAAAAUUAAGCACAUUAAUCCGCUUUAUAACGCUUUACAACGGGUGUAGAGCCUAACUGGCUCAUGUUUGGGGAAGAUAAUUUUCACCAUAAAAAUCCACCUUUAUAAUAAAAGCAUCACAUGCAUAAUCGCAUUUGCGGUCACUUUUGAGAUUGGUGUUUUCCUGCUAAUGGAACAUUCGCGCUUAAAGCCUACUGCCGUGUGCGCAUUGCUGCACUUAUAAUGUGAAGAAAUAGCCUAAUAGUUUAUAAACAUUUUAAGCUAAACGUUCUGAUCUGUUGCGUCAGCCUCAUUACUUAAACCAUUUUUUUGGAUGCUAGUGGUUGUAUUAAUUUGGGAUCAAUCGCAUCCCACAACUGUCCCAGACUAAGUUUGGAAUAUUUAUUUCCUGCACAGAAUAGAAUAGGUCAACUUUGGGGGAUAGUAGAUUGACAUAGGCUAGUGCUUUUGCUGUUCGUUAGGCCUACUCAUCUUGUUGGCUGAUGAAAAGUAAAUGUGGACAGUUAUUCCAAUAUCUUCAAUAUGCCCCUCGGAAUUAGAUAAGGACGCAUACAGUUGCGUCCCCGAUGUGUCUGUCUUCACUUGUAAUCUGUGAGAAAGACCCGAUCACGUGACUGAGAACCAUGUGAGUGAGAGGAGCUUCGGAGUGCGCAGCCGGGAGAAGGGAAUUAUAAUUAUUAUAUUCAGCCCAAGGGCACAACAGCCACUGGCCGCAAAAAGCAUGGAUUUAUUUAGGGGGCAUUACAGCCACACAAAAGGGAUGCCACUGGGAAAUUCGAGGCAUUAUCAAGUGCUUGUCAAAUUGUGAAUGAGAGACUGAUGAAGUGUGUACAACCUGCGCAAAAAAACAAAGCAGAGCUCAUGCCUUUCAUGCGACUUUUUCCUAAUCAUAAUUAGAGUCACUCCAUGCAGCCUUAGAAUGUAUUAAAAAUCAAAACAUAUAGCCCAACGUUUGUUACAUAAAUAACUCUAUAAAUGUGUUUACAUAAACGUACAUAAAUGUGUUUAUGUUAAUUAACGGUUAAUUACCGUGAGUUGGCAGUUAUUUGCUUCACAAUCACCGGAUGACAAAAUGUCAUGACCGCCACAGCCCUAGGUGGGACUUGGCACCAGCCUUAAGUGAUGGACCCAUCGAAAGCUAACCACAAGCAUUAUUAACAUGUAUAAAGGUUCGGACACACCGAUAGCAUUUGCCUGCCGAGAGUAUUUAGCUCCUCUGAACAGAGUGCCGGCUGUAAUUUGCGAACCGAUUUUACAUGUAGAAUCACACAAAAAUGUUGGCAGUUAGACAUCAACAGCGUGCUGAACAAAUGGUAGACGAAUGGGAGAUCCACAUUCGGUGCGACCCUUAAGUGUUUAUAAACAUGUACAUCAGUAUCAUGCAUUAGUUCUUUAUCUCUGGUUCUUUAACCCUCUCUCUGCAGGAUGCCUUUAUUAAGAUAGUCCGCAGGGAAGGGAUCAGGUCAUUAUGGAGCGGCCUCCCUCCAACCCUGUGAGUCUGAAGUCUGCUGUUUCUCUGCCUCAUUACUAAUUCACACUGCUUACUCUCCUUCAGCACUGAUUUAUGGUCAGCUGUGUCUUGAGUGGCUGGCCCGCUGUGAUUCAGCAGACUCAUAGUCUAUUGAUAAUUCAUUUAUUUACAUUUACGUUCCCAUUAAGUUCUGCUCAUUUGUAUUGAGCAGUACGGAUGGACACUGUGAUUUUGUAAACUCAGGGUUUAUCGAUAUUUGAUUUGUUAAAGUUUUUUUUUAAAUCUCUCAGGCAUGGAUUUGUGUCUGAGUGGUGUGGUAACAGCUGAUGCUGAGUCAUGGGCUGUUGAUGAUUCAUUUGGGAACAUUUUAUUUGUGCCCAUUGCUUGUACCCAUCUGAUUUGUGUCUGAUAUGAUAAAAGCAGAUUUAUUUUAUUCAUUGUUUAUGGAUAUUUCAUAUAUGGAUGUUGUUUCCUGUUUGUAAUGCCUGAUUUUUAUGAGUCAUGGGUCUUUGACGAUUCAUGAGGAAACAUUAGAUUUGCAUCUCUGAUGUAUGUUAAUGAUUCUUGCAGUAUCAUGGCGGUCCCGGCGACGGUAAUCUACUUCACGUGUUACGACCAACUGCAUGCAGACAUUGUGUUGUCUAUGCAUUAGAAAGACCUUAGUAACCCAACUGCUGCUUCCUAUCCUAGACUAUAGUCAUAUCAUCUAUCAAAACACAACCAAGACCGUACUUUGCGAAUUAGAUGUCAUUUAUAACUAUGUCAUUUAGCAGACACUCUUAUUACAUUUACAUUUUAGUCAUUUAGCAGACGCUCUUAUCCAGAGCGACUUAUAGUUAGUGAGUGCAUACAUGAUAUUUUUUCAUACUGGCCCCCCGUGGGAAUCGAACCCACAACCCUGGCGUUGCAAACGCCAUGCUCUACCAACUGAGCUACAUCCCUGCCGGCCAUUCCCUCCCCUACCCUGGACGACCCUGGGCCAAUUGUGCGCCGCCCCAUGGGUCUCCCGGUCGCGGCCGGCUACGACAGAGCGACUUACAGGAGCAAUUAGGGUUAAGUGCCUUGCUCAAGGGCACAUCGACAGAUUUUUCACCUAAUCGGCUCGGGGAUUAGAACCAGCGACCUUUCGGUUACUGGCACAACGCUCUUAACCACUAAGCUACCUGCUGCCCCGGCAGAUUCAUUUUUGGAUGCCAUUAUAAGACAUAAUUGAACAAUGUCUGAAUCACUAAAUUAGCUGUCACUCCCAAACAGAAGAAAACUGCAUUGGUACCAGUUCCUUUUAAAAUGUAUCAACUAAAAUGUCCCUGUAUAUAUUAAGGAACACCUAACUUUACAAAACACACACUGCUCCUUUCGACAACGGCAGCAAUUACAAAUACCAAGGGGGUUGGAAUAAGAUCUUUCAGAUACAACGGCCCAACUGGAAUCAUUUACCUAUAGAAAUCAGGCCAUUCUAAUCACACAGUGAAUUUACGAAAGCCCUUUUUCAAAUGUUAAGAACAAACUGUUUGUGUUUUUAACUAAUAGAAACAUCACCAUGUGAGGAUAUUUGUAAAUAUGUAUGUAUACAGUAUAUUGUAGGUACUUAGUUGUAUUAGUAGUUGUAGCAGUAGUUUUUAUUAGUUAUAAGCCUAUUAGUAGUUGUACAACAACCUUUUAUGCUGUUAAUGUAAUUGUAUUUUAUUUUAUUAUCAUUAUAAUUAUUUAAUUGUUAUUAUUAUUAGACAGUAGUUGCCAUAUUGUUCUUCUUACUAAGUACUUUAAUUAAAAAAAAAUAUAUAUAUAUUGGGACACUUGAAAACUAGAUGGUGCAUCUCAAGAGAUUUCAUCCUGCAAAAUGUCAAAUAAAUGUGGAAACUACAGACCUCCUUUUCAUGUGAGAAAGAAAUGUAUGUGUUUAACUGCUCUGUUUAUCUGCUCUUUCAGCCUGUAGUGCUUAUAAGUGUUUUCUCUCUCUCUUUCUCUCUGUCUCUCUGUGAGUCAGUGGGCUCUGUGACAGUGAUCAGUCCGUUGGAGCUGAUCCGUACUAAGAUGCAGGCCCAGAGACAUUCGUACAGGGAGCUGAGUGAGGUUAUCUGCUCUGCAGUACGCAACGAGGGCUGGCGGUCUCUCUGGAGGGGCUGGGGACCCACACUGCUUAGAGACGUCCCCUUCUCAGGUGGACACAACACAAUGUCUAUAACUAUAUCUCUAUCUCUCUCAGGUGGACACAACACAAUGUCUAUAAAUAUAUCUCUCUAUCUCUCUCAGGUGGACACAACACAAUGUCUACAAAUAUAUCUCUCUAUCUCUCAGGUGGACACAACACAAUGUCUAUAAAUAUAUCUCUCUAUCUCUCAGGUGGACACGACACAAUGUCUAUAAAUAUAUCACUAUCUCUCAUGUAGACACAACACAAUGUCUAUAAAUAUAUCUCUCUAUCUCUCAGGUAGACACAACACAAUGUCUAUAAAUAUAUCUCUCUAUCUCUCAGGUAGACACAACACAAUGUCUAUAAAUAUAUCUCUCUAUCUCUCAGGUAGACACAACACAAUGUCUAUAACUAUAUCUCUAUCUCUCUCAGGUAGACACAACACAAUGUCUAUAACUAUAUCUCUAUCUCUCAGGUAGACACAACACAAUGUCUAUUUUUCUAUAUCUCUCAGGUAUACAACACCAUCUAUGUCUCUCUCUCUCCCUCUCUCUAGCUUUCUCUCUCUAACUCUCUCUCGCUCGCUCUCUCUCUGUAGCGCUCUAGCUCUCUCUCCUUCUCCUUGUCUCUACCUCUCUGUUCUCUCUCCUUCUCUCUAGCUUUCUCUCUUUCCCUCUUUCUCGCUCUCUGUCUCUCUCUCUCUCCCUCUCCUUGUCUCUAGCUCCCUGUUCUCUCUCCCUCUCUCUAGCUUUCUCGCUCUCUCGCUCUCUCUCGCUCUCUAGCUCUCUCUCAAGCUCUCUCUCUCUCCCUCUCCUUGUAUCUAGCUCCCUGUUCUCUCUCCCUCUCUCUAGCUUUCUCUCUUUCUCACUCUCUCCUCUCUCUCUCUCUCUCUCUCUCUCUCCCUCUCUCUCAUUCUCUCUCGUCCUCUCUCUCCUCUCUCCUCGUCUCUCUCUCUCUCUUCUCUCUCUCUCUCUCUCUCUCUCUCCUCUCUCCUCUCUCUCUCGUCUCUCUCUCUCUCCUUCUCUCUAACUGUCUCUUAGUGUCUGUCUGAUAACAGGAGUUGCAUGUUGUGUGUUUCCUCCUCAGCCAUGUACUGGUAUAACUAUGAGAAGGGGAAGGUGUGGCUGUGUAAGCACAACAACAUCAGAGAGCCAACGUUUGCCAUCACCUUCAUAUCCGGAGCAGUGUCUGGAUCAGUGAGUAUUCUAGCUUCCCUCUCAGCUCAACUCAAACGGUUCUGUCUAGUAGAGCACCUAGAUAUAUUGAACAUAGAAUAUCUGAUAUAGCUUUUUGUACCUUUCUAAUGGUAUUCAAGCUCUAUAACUCUUCUUCUCUGCUGACAUGGUGUUAUUCCAUCUAAAACUGCUGGAGGGCAGCAUUGUCAAAUAUAAGUGUGAUUUCUAACCCUUGUUUAUGCUGUCUGGUCUUCCUCCAGAUCGCUUCCAUAGUAACGCUGCCCUUCGACGUAGUGAAGACCAGGAGGCAGGUGGAGAUAGGGGAACUCCAGGCUAUGAAUUGUGGGUAUAGAACUCCAGGCUGAUCACCUGAUUCAUGGAAUCAUCCUUGUGAUGUGUUGAUGUGUAGUGAUCCUGUACUCGUGUGUCUCUGCAGUGUCGUCCAAGGCCUCCUCCUCCACUCUCAGUGUGAUGACCAAGAUUGUGGCUGAGAACGGCGUGGGUGGACUGUUUGUAGGUAGGUCAGGUUACAGGGAUAGUUCACCCAAAACACACAGUUACCUCAGGUUAGUCUCCUAACUUAUCACCUUCUUUCUAUCCUUAUCCCCCUCUCCUCCACCCCUCUCUCCCCCCCUUUCACUCCCCCUCUCCUCCCCCCUCUCUCUCCCCCCUUUCACUCCCCCUCUCCUCCACCCCUCUCUCUCCCCCCUUUCACUCCCUCUCUCUCCCCCCCCACUCCCUCUCUCUCCCCCCCUUCUCCCCCUCUCUCUCCUCUCCCCCCUUUCCUCUCCUCUCCUCCUCCUCCACCCCUCUCUCUCCCCCCGUCUCCACUCUCACUCCCUCCCUCCCCACCCCUCUCCCCUCCCUUUCACCCCCAUCCCCUCUCCUCCACCCCUCUCUCCCCCCUUUCAUCCUCGCCUCUCCUCCACCCCUCCUCUCCCCCCUCCCCCCCUCUCUCCCCCUCCCUUCCCCCCUCUCCUCCACUCUCUCUCCCCCUUUCAUCCCCCCCCCUCCCCUCCCCUUCACUCCCUCUCUCCCCACCUCCCUCUCCCCCCUUUCACGCUCUCUCUCCUCCACCCCCCUCUCUCUCUCCCCCCUUUCCCUCCCCCCUCUCUCCCCCUCUGCCACCCCUCUCCUCCUCCCCCCCCCCCCCCUUUCCCCUCCCACUCCCCUCUCUCCCUCUCUCCUCCACCCCUCUCUCCCCCCUUUCACUCCCUCUCUCCUCCACCCCUCUCUCUCUCCCCGCUUCCCUUCCCCUCUCUCCUCCCCCCCUCUCUCCCCCCUUUCACUCCCUCUCCUCCCCCCUCUCUCAUCCCCCCUUUCACUCCUCUCCUCCUCCACCACCCCCGCUCUCUCCCCCCUUUCACUCCCUCUCCCUCCACCCCUCUCUCUCCCCGCUUUCACUCCCUCUCCUACUUCUCUCUCUCUCCCAGGUUUCCUCCCCAGGGUGAUCAAGGUGGCCCCAGCCUGUGCCAUUAUGAUCAGCUGUUAUGAGUUUGGGAAGGCCUUCUUCCGCAAGCACAACCAGGAGAGGCUGCUGACCAGCAACACCUGACCUGACUAGGGCCUCUCACACACACAGACCAAAACCAUAGACAAUACCAAGAACAGAAUCAGCCAUCGCCAACAGCAGGUAUUGGCUACCUGUACAUUUCCCUGGGUUCUUAGAGAUUUUCAGGCGUAGCAUUGCUUGCCUGUGUCCUCUCAGCUGCUUAGACACUCCAACACCCCCUCACUGUUAUAAAGUGUUCAAGUGUGUGAUGUCAUGUGACUAGCUGGAUGUAGCUAAUGUUGGCGUUUAGGACCUAAGAACGCCAGGACGUGAUUCUGUUCCAAAGCAGGAAAUACUGGCAGACAUGAAAACAAAAUGGAAGACAAAUAGUUGUAGGUAUCAACAUUAUUCAUAUUUUAUCUUAUAUUUCUCAAUCAAGGUAUACUGCACUUAACUACCAUACUAAUUGUGACAAGAGAAAAUAGCAAAAGUGCACAAAUUGUAUUUUAAAUAUAUAGUUAUUUGCCAAAUCAUGAAGGUAUUAGCAUUUUGAUAAUUACUUAAAAAUAAUUUGCGUAAUGUUUUUCCUCUUUUUCCUCCGCAUUUAAUACACUGGCCUGUAGGUGGUAUCAGAGACUUGUCUGGAACCAGAAACUGGGGAUUCCUAUUGGACAAGUAAUACCACCUCUGUUUCAAAAUGUUUUAUCCCAUUACGUUAGUUGUUGAGGUAUGGGGUUGUGUGCACUGUGUCAUCCGGGGUCUGACCGUAAUAAAAAUCAUUUGAUGGAUGUUUAUGUUUGUCCUGUUUCAAACAUGUAUACGUUUGUAUUAUACGCAUGUGUGAAAUG